GAAGAAAAAGCUAGAAAAAGCAAUGAGUGGCAUGAGUGACGCUUUUAGGCUGGAAACUGAGAACCCCAAGGCACCAACCACAGCUUUCCUUCAAACAGUAUACAAAUGCUAUACUCAUAGGACUCUUAAUGUAUAUAGUAAAAGGUAGGAUUGGAUAAAAGGCUAAGAGGACCUAUUGCUUUGCUUUUACCUGCAGAUUAUCUCAAAGGCCAAAGCUGCCUGUUUUUUUAUCUGGGGUUCUUAUAAGAUCUCAAAUUGGAUUCAAGCUUCAGUUUUUUCUCAGUUUCUUCAAUAUGGGUUCAUCGGAUCGAUUGUUUAACAGGCAAAGAAGUGUUCAUGAGAUUCUUGGAGGAGGUUUUGGUAUCUGCAGAUGUGAUCCUAUGGAGGAGGAAGAAUCUUACAGUAGGAAUAUUGUUAGUAACUCUAGCUGUUUGGCUGGUCUUUGAGAGAUCUGGCUAUACUCUGUUGUCACUUGUCUCGAGUGUUUUCCUGCUUCUCAUUGCCAUUCUCUUUUCUUGGGCGAAAUCCGCAGCGAUUCUCAACAGACCUGCUCCACCUCUUCCAGAAUUGCAUCUAUCAGAAGAAAUGGUAAAUGAAGUGGCAACUUUCAUCCGCCUGCAUGUCAACACUUUACUCUCAGUUUCCCAGGAUAUUGCUCUGGGUAAGGAUUCAAGGUUGUUCUUCAAAGUAGCUGCAUAUCUAUGGCUGAUUUCUUUUGUUGGUGGCUUGACUGAUUUCCUUACCUUGGGAUACACCAGUCUUGUUGUCAUUCUUACAGUUCCAGCACUCUAUGAAAGUUUUGAAGAUCAUAUAGAUAAAUAUGUCAUCCUGGGCUACAAGAAUUUACAUCAAUUGUAUGUGAAAUUAGAUAAGGAGUAUGUUAGUAGAGUCCAAAAAUGGAUUUUGGAGAAGAAAAAACUGAGCUGAUCUUUCUUACUUAAUUUUUUUUUCUCGAGGUCAUGGGAGUGAUGAGGGUGUGAAGGGGUGUGGGAGAUUGUAAAUCUUCUUUUCUUUUCUUUUCUUUUUUUCAAAUUGAUUUCUUCCCUUGCGUAUUUAUUUUCAUGCAAGAGUUUUCCAAAAAACGCUGAGAAAUGUUUUGUUAAAUUAAAAGUGAUACAAGUUUAUGUAAUCUUA